GAAAAUGCCAGUGUGAUUCUCUUCCCCAUAGCGAUAACAUUCUACUUCACCUGGUGGUUCAUUCAUUUUGUUGAUGGAUUCUUCUCUCCAAUCUAUGCACAAUUGGGUAUCAACAUUUUUGGUCUUGGCUUCAUCACUUCUGUUACUUUCAUAUUUUUCGUUGGGGUCUUCAUGUCAUCUUGGAUUGAAGCAUCUGUUCUUGGCAUUGGUGAAUGGAUCAUCAAGCGCAUGCCACUUGUGCGCCACAUCUACAAUGCAUCCAAGCAAAUUAGUGCUGCUAUAUCGCUAGAUCAAAACAAACAGGCAUUCAAGGAGGCAGUCAUCAUACGACAUCCUCGUAUUGGGGAAUAUGCAUUUGGAUUCAUUACCUCAUCAGUCUCGCUCCAGAGCUAUUCUGGUCAAGAGGACCUUUACUGUGUCUAUGUGCCGACCAACCAUCUCUACAUUGGUGAUAUCUUCAUGGUGAACUCGAAGGAUGUGAUAAGGCCUAAUCUUUCUGUGCAUGAAGGCAUUGAGAUCGUUGUGUCUGGUGGUAUGUCAAUGCCCCAGAUUUUGUCGACCCUGGAUCCACAUCCAGAUCUGCAUGCAAUCCACACAGACCGAGGUGGAGCGAGCAGAAGCUGAGGCAAACUGCAUACCUGUUCGUC